AUGUUGACCGCGCAGUCUCCCACGACACCAUCAAUUCGGGGUGGGGCCUUCGCCUCUGUCUUUACCUCAUCCACUGUAAACCCACCUGCACAAAAGCAACGCUUUAGACAAGCCGUAACGUCCUCAAUCUCAGAAAUCCGAUCACAAUUCCAUACGCAUCUCAGAUUACUGUUCGGUGUGGGUGAUGAGGACUACCGCUAUGGAAGUGAGGUACCAGUAUCCGGACCAGACCCAAUGUGCCGAUUUACACCCCAUUUGGCUUCAUGUGAACCUCUCAACAAACUUCGAGAGCCGUCGAAGAUCGACCACGCAGCGCAGGUUGCUAGGGACAUGCAGUCGCCUCUUUGGGUCCUGUUAGAACAGUGGAAAGCUACUGUUGGGACCGAGGUGCUCAACAGGUUGCUUGCGCAGGUGGUUGAUGAUUUGCUGACAGACUUCGUCACCUGGUCGUAUGCUCGUGUCUAUCGGCCGGGUAUCUUUAUGCAUCUGAAGUUUUGGGUCCGCUUCAUCUUCUGCAGGGUUGUCAAUGAAGUUCUAUUGAGAAUCGGAGCCCGUACUCUAGAUUCUGACGAUGCUGAGACAGAGUAUCGGAAAUGGGUAGAUACUGUCACUACGCGUCUGGGGGCGUUACGAACCGACGAACUUUUCGACAUCGUUGUAGAUUGGGACUCUACUGCGACUGCAAUGGAUGAUCUUCGGCAUUUUGCGCGUAACCCUGCUACAAGAAGCUAUCUCACACACAACUUUGCAGACGCCCUCCAAGCACGCCUGUUGCAUCCCGGUGCUUCUACGAUCGAGAUACUCCAGGUGUACAUUGCGAUUAUCCGGUCCUUUCGAUCCCUAGACCCGAAAGGUGUGCUGCUUGAUCGAGUGGCCAGAAAAGUACGUCGGUAUCUGAGAGAUCGAGAUGAUACGGUGAAAGUGAUCGUAACUGGUCUCUUGAGUGAUACGACUGGUGACAAUGACGAGGACACGGCAUACGACCCUGAUACACUCACCGAGCUGGCUGUGGAGCUGCCUAAAUGGGAUAACUCGCGCAAUGGUGCUGACGACGGCGAAGACUAUGAUAAUAUGAAAUGGGUACCGCCCCCAAUCGAUGCGGCCAAUGACUACACGAAGUCGAGCAACACCGACGUCAUUGGCAGCCUCAUUAGUUUGUUUGACUCGAGAGACGUUGUUGUCAAAGAACUCCAGGCUGUCCUUGCAGAACGCUUGCUGAAGAACAAGCAAGAUUUCAACCAAGAGAUAAGUGUGCUUGAGCACUUGAAAAUUCGCUUUGGUGAAAGUGCUCUGCAAGCUUGUGAGGUUAUGCUUCGUGAUGUUCAGGAUUCAAGAAAGGUCGAUAAUGUUGUCAGACGAGAUCAAGGAAUGCAAGACGAGAAUGGCCAGCCCCUACAUGACGAGGUUCAGUUACAUGCCAAGAUUCUUUCCAGACUCUUUUGGCCUUCGUUCCCAGAUCAAACAUUCAAUGUCCCACAAGUUGUGCUCGACCAACAAGAGAAUUACGAAAAGGGAUUUGAAUCGCUCAAACAGUCACGAAAGCUGACCUGGCUUAACGGCACUGGUCAAGUCGAGGUCGAGUUGGAACUAGAGGAUCGAGUUUACCAAGGAGAAGUGCUUCCAUGGCAGGCAGUUGUCAUCUAUGCUUUCCAAGGCGAAUCCGGAGAUCCGGUGUCGAAGGAAGUUGCCACAGUGGCAUUAGAUUUAGACAUGUCGCCAACACUCGUCAGGUCAGCAUGUAUCUUUUGGGUAUCCAAACGUAUCUUGGCCGAAACCAGCAAGGACGUGUUUUUGGUGUGUGAAAAGCUACCAGAUGGAGGCGAUGCCAACAUGGACGAAGACGUCGGACGAAGCGAUACAGCGGCCGCGGCAGCAGCGGCAGAAGUUGCAGCACAACAAGCAGCGAAGGAAGCAGAAGAAGCGGAGAGAAAGCAGAACAUGGCUAUGUACCAUCAAUUCAUACUCAGCAUGUUGACGAACCAGGGUGCCAUGCCGCUGCCUCGUAUUGCCAUGAUGCUGGGCAUUGUGGUCCCAGGGGGGUUUCCUUUCAGUAAUGAGGAAUUGAAGGAGUUCUUAGCUAGCAUGGUCAAAGAUGGUGCAUUGGUAGUUGGAAACGGCGGGGCAUAUAAAGUUGCUUCUUGA